UUGAGAACUAUAACGAAGUUGAAGAUGCCUGAUCCAGUUAAGGCUCCGAAGAAGGGCUCAAAGAAAGCCGUCUCUAAGAGCGUCUCCAAGACCGGCAAGAAGAAGAGGAAGACCAGGAAGGAGAGCUACGCCAUCUACGUGUACAAGGUCCUGAAGCAGGUCCACCCCGACACCGGCAUCUCGUCCAAGGCCAUGCUGAUCAUGAACUCGUUCGUGAGCGACAUCUUUGAGCGCAUCGCCGGCGAGUCCUCCCGUCUGGCUCACUACAACAAGCGCUCCACCAUCACCUCCAGGGAGAUCCAGACCGCCGUCCGCCUGCUGCUGCCCGGUGAGCUGGCCAAGCACGCCGUGUCUGAAGGCACCAAGGCCGUGACCAAGUACACCAGCUCCAAGUAAACCCGCUGUUACACCCAGCAACACAAAGGCCCUUUUCAGGGCCGCCCACUGUUUACAC